AUGGACGAGCAAUCUACGGAUGUGCUGAAAUCAAAAGAGAAAUUGGCACCAGUCGUUGCAAGCAUUGGCAUGGAAAAUGGAGGUGUAGUGUCGCAAGACGACUUGGCAGCCUUGCAAGUUCACCGUACGAAUUCGUAUGUGCCCGCAUUGCAAGAGCAAGCAACUUCAAGCAAAGUUGCACCGGGGCCCAGCAAUGAAGAGCGAGAACGUAAGGUGGAGCUUCUGACAAAUAGGAUAAGUAGGAUUCGAGAGGAGAAGGAGAGAUUAGAGAAGAUUCAAGAGCUGAAAGAUCUGGAAGAGCAGACCAAGAGAGAAAUUUUGGCGGCGUGGAGAGAAGAGGAGAAAGGAGUCAGUCAGACUCGGUCUUGCCAAAUGAUGUACAAUCUCGAGUGUCCUCGAAAGGCUAGUUUGCAGCUUUCUGCCAGUUACCAGAUCGACAAGAGGAGAACCCGAACCUUGACUGCCGAGUGGCAAUCACCGACUCCAGUCAGAUGGACAAUUUUCUGA